CAGGUCCGGGGCGUGUAUCUUGAUACCCAUACCCGCCCCGUGGCAGGGCGGGUCCAGGUCGGGUAAUUGAUCACGGGUCGCAGGUCGGGGCAGGCCGACCCAAUGGGUAUGCAAUUUAUAUGAAAAACAUUAGAAAUAUUCGUUAUUUUUAUUAUAAGACUAAGAAAACAAACAAUAUUAUGACAAUUGUAGUUAAAUUAUUGGAGAAAUUGAGAUUUUCACUAAUUUACAACUUUAUUAUAGCUAAAAUAUGA